AUGCCUUCAACUCAGGAUGAAUUUCGUCUAGUGUUACCGGCACUUGACUUACGACAUGAUAUCAAGCAUCCUUACCAUUCAAUGGCAGGCAGAGUUGAGUUAUUCUCCAACCACAAACAAUUAAUUGUGUUUCCCAAAACUGUCAUAUUGAUAAAAGGUUCAACCUUAACUAAGAAAUUCACUUUUGAUGAAGAAGUCAUUGCUGCCACUUUCACUUCUUUCAAUGAUAAUGACACCCCCACCAAUGAAGAAUCCCUCGUUAUUUGCUUAUCCAAAUCAGCUUUCAUUUAUGCCAACGGUAAAGAGAAUUUCGUCAGUUUUCCCUUUACUUUGAAAUCUGCCCUCAGUUUCGAGUCAGGUUUAAUCUUAGAGAAAGACCAGUCCCAUAUUACCACCAUGUCAUUGGAUAAUGUUCAUCCUCAACAAUUGAACUCUGCUAAGUUUCUUUCAUUUGUGGAUCCAAUUGGAGAUUUUAGAAUCAUUACCUCAUCUUCAACAUCAAUUAUUUCCCCCCAUGAACAAUUGAUGUGUUUCCCUCAUAAAGCUUUGAAUAAGAACUUAUCUUUGUGUGCUACUUUCAAUUCUAAGGAAAGCACUAUAGUGCUUUAUCAUAUUAAAAGUUCUAGUAGAAAUCCUAAGAAAAUGCAUUCUUAUAAAUUUUCCAAACGAAAGAAUACGUUUUUGACAACCCCCAAUCCAACCAGAAUCAUUGAAGAUGAUAAUCUCCAUAUUGAUGGUACUAUACCUAGCGGGAACGGGUUAAAUUCUGCUUCUUUAAAUAUGGAUAAAAAACGUACCAGUACACUACUUUCAGAUGCAUCUUCAAUGGCAAGAAUGGGUUCAGAUGCUACGAUUUCAGAUUUGAAUAAACCUAUGGAACUCAAUGGUUUGAAAAAGGAUAUGAUUUUAACCAAAGUAGAAGUUCUUAAUGUUCAAAUUGAUAAACAUCAUUUGGAUAUUUAUAAUUUAUUCUAUAGAGAGCAAGAAGCCAUUGUCAUCAUGAAUCGUCAAAAGGGUGAAGCCAAGGUAUAUAUUUUCAGUCAACUGAUCACCCUGAUUCCACAAUAUCAACAUACUUAUUCCAUACGAUGUCAACAUUGUUCACCAUUAUUGAACCCCCAAUUCGAAGGAUUAUUGGUGAUUUUAAAAGAUGGGAAAUUUCUUCAACUCAUAAAUCCUUUUGUUGAUGUCAGUUCUGCAUCCAUAGAUCUUUCUAUGGCCAAAUAUCCGGAAAUUUCAUACAUUGAAAGUUGUAAUGAUGAGAAUGUGGCUGUUAGAGGUAAGAAUGGGAAAUCUUAUAUCAUAAAUUUGAUUCUUCAACCAAGUUCUGAUAUAAUAACCACAUGCUUACAAUGUUUCAAAUACUUAUCUGGUUCCAGUAUAAAUGAAACUAUAUGGAUGUUAUGGAGGUCGGCCCUAAUGUUAGAUAAAUCCAGAGAUGAAUGGAAUGCCUUGAUAAUAACCUUAUUGGCUAUAAUGUUACCUAUGGAGAGUGAAUUACAAGACUACCUGAUCAAUGAGAUUACUCAACUCAUACCUUCAGCUAAAUUAUUGAAUCAACAAUUAUCUAAUAAUUAUUCAUUCAGAGAUAUGCUCCCUUAUAUUAUCGUAUCAUUACACCUUAUACGUGAAGAGACAAAAUUAAAUAUUCUUUUCCAUGGAAAUCUCCAUAAAUUCGCCAUGUUUUUAACUCAAGCAUGUAUUUGGAUGGGAUGGCCUGAAUCUUGGUAUAAAUAUUAUGCAUUGGAUUUGAAUCAAUUUGAUCGAGAAACUAGAUUGUUACUGGUUUUUGUAAUUCCUCAACCUCCAAAUGUUCUUCAAUCGUUAACAAGUUUAUUCAGUGAUUCCAUAAUAAGUUACUUACCAUUUUCUCAAUUGGUGGAAGAAAGUAAUACCACUGAUGAACUUAUUAUCCCCAGAACUCAUGCCAUAUUGAAAUUAUUCGAAAUCAUUGUAUCUCCCAAUUAUGGUUCCACGGAUAUUGUUGACUUAAUGGCAGAAUUAGGUAUCAGUAUAGAAGAUUUGGAAACUUUCCCUAUAGGUGUUCAAAUUCCUUUAAAAGAAGCCAUUUCUAUAUGUCAAGAGAAACCCGAUUUUGAUUGGACGUUGAACUCUCUUGAUCUUGUUGAUAGAAAAGAUUUGGAUAUGUUUUUGAAAUCCGAGUCCUAUCAACCUCCAACAUCACUUUAUUCCAACCCUAGCCAUAAUUUCACCAUAUCCAAAGAUAUUAACCAUGUUUUGGCCAGUGUCUUGGGAGGCACGGAACAGGUAGUUGCCUGGGAUGACCAAUCUGAAGCCGAUAGACUUGGUAUUACCAAAUUAAUUUUUGAUUAUGAUAGAAGAUAUUAUGAGAUCACAUCUCUUUUACAUCAAACAAAGACUCAAACUGCUACCUUGAUUGUAGAAGAAGGAACUACCGAAUAUGAUAUUGUAGUGUUACAGAGAGAAUUGGCUGCCACGGUGGCUCUUAGAACUUUAUCCAUACCUUUAGGAAGAGCUUCAUUAUUUUAUGCUGGAAGAAUGCCAUUAUUAACAGAGAAAUUCCCUAUCCCUAAAUUCAACUUAAAUACCAUUAUAGCUCCUAAAAUGACCAAUAUCGUAUUAUCUGAAGGAUCUGUUGAAGAAAGAACUGUCGAAUGGGGGUAUUUCCAUAAUGGUGUAGCUUCAGGUCUUAGUAUCAGUAAAGAAUCAAAGGGGAUUUCAGGGAGUUGGAUCAUUUUCAAUAAACCACCAUCUUUGAAUUCCCAACAUGGAGGUUUCCUUUUAGGUUUGGGACUUAACGGACAUCUUAAAAGUCUUGAAGAAUGGCAUAUUUAUAAUUAUUUAGGACCCAAACAUCCUCUUACAAGUGUGGGACUUUUAUUAGGAAUGGCAGCCAGUAAUUUGGGGACUAUGGAUGUAAAACUCACUAAAGUUUUAUCUGUUCAUGCAGUAGCAUUAUUACCACAAGGAGCAAAUGAUUUAAAUGUUCCUAUAAUUGUCCAAGCAGCUGGAUUGCUUGGAAUUGGAUUACUUUACUUAGAAACUCAACAUAGAAGAAUGAGUGAAAUCUUAUUAGCUCAAAUCACUAGCACAGUAUCACAAAAUGAUUCUGAACAAAUCAAUGAAGGUUAUAGAUUAGCUGCUGGGAUCUCUUUGGGGUUUGUAAAUUUAGGUAAAGGAAGAGAUUUGAAAGGUUUAAAUGAUACAAGAGUGGUAGAUAGAUUAUUAGCUUUGGCUACAUCAAUGAAAGAUUAUCAACCAAUCCUGGAAUUAGAUAAAUCAUGUAGUGGUGCUAUCAUAGCUCUUGGAUUUGUUCAUAUGAAAACUGAAGAUUCCUCCAUUGCUAGUAAAUUGGCCAUUCCUGAGAAUGAACAAUUACUUGAUUAUAUAAGACCAGAUUUAUUGUUAUUAAGAUGUAUUUCAUCCAACAUUAUUAUGUGGAAUCAAAUAGGCAACACGAUUUCUUGGGUAGAAUCUAAAAUCCCCAAAUCGUUAUUAAGUAAGUAUGGUAAAUUAGAAACUGAAACGUUAGAUAGUGAUCAAAUCGGAUUUUUCAAUAUUUUAGGAGGUACUUGUUUAUCUAUGGCAAUUAAAUAUGCAUCAACUCAUGAUCAAAGGGCUAGAGACACAUUAAUCUAUUAUCUUGAUAAUAUGAUGGUUUUAGCUAUGUCUAAUACCACAAAUUAUGAUGAAAGAGUUGCAUGUCAUAGUGCCAUAAAUAUCCAGAAUAUCUUGGCUUUAGGUCUUUCCAUAAUAAUGGCAGGUUCAGGAGAUUUAGAAACUUUCCGAAGAUUAAGAGUACUUUAUGGUGAUACUGAUAAAGAACGGAAUUAUGGGAAUUAUAUGGCUAUAAAUAUGGCACUUGGAUUCUUAUUUUUAGGCGGUGGUCAAUAUGCCUUUGGAUCAUCGAAUCUUGCUAUUGCAACAUUGAUAGUAUCAUUGUAUCCAGUUUUCCCUAAUGAAAACGGUGAAUAUGAAGUUCAUUUACAAGCAUUAAGACACUUUUGGGCUCUUUCAGUUGAACCUAGAUGUUUAGUCAUUCGAGAUGUUGAAACUCAUAAACCCCUCAAAAUCCCUGUGUCCAUAAAACUUACCAAUGGUGUUGUUAAAGACAUUGUCACACCAUGUCUUUUACCCAAUUUGAAUAAUAUCAUCAAUAUCGAAACCAAUUCUUUAGAUCAUUUCAAAGUCAAUAUCAAUUUCGAAGCUAAUGAUCAUUACCUUAAAAUCUUUCAGAAAUCAUUGGCAUUAUUCGUUUAUAAAAGAAGGAACUAUCAAAUCUUCAAAUCUUCCAUUAGAAGACUUCUUGAACUCGAGAACAAAGGGCUUCAAAUCGAUAAUCACGAGAUCGAGAUCGAUAGUGAUGUUAAUAAGAUUUUAAAUCUUGAUUUCAUGAAAAACAUCACCAACCAUGAAAAGAAAGUGUACUUGUUUGAAUCUAGUGAUAAAACUAGUGAUGCAAACUUGAAAGAUCUAGGGUUAUCGAUAUUUAAUGUUAUUGAUAGUAAAUUAGAGUUGAUGAAGAAAUCUCAUAAUCCAGAAGUUAUCGAUGAUUUAUGGAAUUUGAAGUUGAUAUUCUUCUAUUCUGAGAGAUUAUUGAAUGAUGAAAUGCAUUAUUUAUCGUUAGAUUUCAUUGAACUGUUGAAACAUAAUAUUUGGAAAUUGACCAGUAAUGUAUAA